AUGACGACGGCUGCUGCGUCGUGGAGUCCGCAGCCGGAAGGGCUUGCCGAGCUUGUCGAGCUGUUCCGGCAGUCGACAAGCACAGAGCGUGAAGUGCAGCGCCGUAUUGCCCAUCGUCUCGAUGCCAUUAGCCAGAUCCCGGACUACCUCAACUACCUUGUGCUGGUGUUUGUGCAGAUGACCGGCGAGGAGGUGUCGACGCGCUCGGUAGCUGGCUUGCUCGCGAAGAAUCAUCUCUACUUCAAUGCCCCGCGCGUGUCGCCUGAAUCGCUCGCAUUUGUCCAGCACAUGAUUCUGCCGGCGCUGUCGUUCUCAGAUACCGUGCUACGGAAUGUGGCCACGCAGAUCAUUGCCGUGCUCAUGCAAGUCGUCAAGCCGGUGAACUGGAUCGAUGGUCUGUCGACGCUCACGCAGGCGAUGGACUCGAGUGACCUCAACGAGGCCGAGGCGGCGCUCAGCACCUUUGCGAAAAUCAGCGAAGAUAUGCCUGAGGAGCUCGAUGCCUGCGAGAUUCAGGGCAUGCGUCCGCUGGAUGUAUUGAUUCCGAAGCUCUUGCACGCUACGGCGCAUGCAGACGCCCGCAUACGUGUGCAUGCGCUGAAUAGCCUGAACCAGUUCAUCCAGAUCGGCUCACCGUCCAUGAGUGCGAACAUGGACGCGUACGUGGCUGUGCUCUUUCAGCGAGCGACGGAUGAGCGGCCGAUCGUGCGCAAGUUUGUGUGCAAGGCGCUCGUGUACGUGCUGAGCACAUGGCCCGAAAAGCUCGCGCCGGAUAUGAACAGUGUCGUGGAGUAUAUGCUGUAUUCGACGCAGGACAGUGAUGAGGAUGUGGCACUGGAAGCGGCCGAGUUCUGGCUCCAAUUUGCCGAGGAGCCGCGUCUGUCGGAGCAGCUGCGGCCGAACCUGCCGCGGAUCAUUCCCGUGCUGCUCAAGUGCAUGGUGUACAGCGAGCUGUCUCUGCUGAUGAUGGGCGAUAUCCAGGACGAUGCAGCGGAGCCCGAUCGACCCGAAGACAUCCGUCCGCGACACUAUGGCGGCACGAUGCACCGCAGUGAGCGCGACGACGAAGCACAGGGCUCAGGGCACAAGUCGCGCGCGGCGAUUGAUGCCGACUUUGACGACGACGACGAAUGGGACGACGACGAGCUGGACGACGACUUGGAUGACGAAGCUGGCAGCUGGAAUUUGCGCAAGUGCUGCGCGGCUGCGCUGGAUGUGCUGGCGACGCAGUUCCGCCACGAGAUUCUGCCUGAUCUGUUGCCCCUCCUCAAGGACCGCCUGUUUAGUGACGAUUGGAUCCAGCGGGAAGCGGGUAUUUUGGCGCUGGGAGCGAUUGCCGAGGGCUGUAUCGAGGAUAUGACGCCGCAUCUGCCGACGCUGAUUCCGCUCCUGGUCAACAUGCUGCGGGAUCCCCAGCCGCUCGUGCGCUCCAUCACUUGCUGGACACUCGGCCGCUAUUCUUCGUGGUGCGCCGGUGAGGCAGCUGAGCACCAGCAGCAGUACUUUGUGCCGGUGCUCGAAGGGCUGCUGGCGAUGGUGCUGGACAACAACAAGCGUGUACAGGAGGCAGGCUGCAGUGCCUUUGCGACGCUGGAAGAGGAGGUCGGGCCGGCCCUGGCGCCUUUUCUCGCGCCUGUGCUGCGUGCAUUGGUCAUGGCCUUUGACAAGUAUCACCAAAAGAACAUGCUCAUCCUGUACGAUGCGGUCGGCACGCUCGCUGACAGUGUGGGCCCUGCCCUCAAUGAGCCCGAGUACAUCCACAUGCUGAUGAUGCCCCUCACGGCCAAGUGGGCCGCGCUCGACGACGCCGAUCCGGACUUGAUCCCGUUGCUCGAAUGCAUGGCGUCGGUGACGAUUGCCAUGGGCGCGGGAUUCCAGCCGCAUGCCGUGCCUGUGUACCAGCGGUGUGUUUCUAUCAUUCACCAGAAUCUGCGCGCGCAUGAACAAGCGGCGGUGCAUGGACUGACCGACGACGACGACGAGAUGCCGGACCAUACGUUUUUGAUUGUCGCGCUCGAUUUGCUCAGUGGGCUGUGUCAGGGCCUGGGUGCACAGAGCCAGGAGCUCGUCGCGCACGUCCAGCCCCUGAUCCUGCCGCAGCUGCUGCCGUGCCUCACCCACAUUGAGCCGCCUGUCCGGCAGUCCGCUUUUGCGCUGUUGGGUGACUUGGCGAUCAAUGCGUUCUCUGAGCUCAAGCCGUACCUCGCUGCGUACAUGCCCGUCGUUCUCUCGCACAUCAGUGUCGAGCAGAUGCACGAUGCGCUGUCUGUGUGCAACAAUGCGACGUGGGCCGCCGGCGAGAUUGCGCUGCAAUGCCCCAACGAUACCGACUUUCCCGUGUGGGUGCCUGAGCUGCUGUCCAAGCUCAUGGCCGUGUUGAUGCAUCCCAAGUGUGCGAAGAGUCUGUCGGAAAAUGCCGCCGUCACGAUUGGUCGGCUGGGCCUCGUGGCCACGCCGCUCGUGGCGCCUCAGCUGCCCGUGUUCAUGGAGCCGUGGUGCCAGGCUCUGUGGGAUAUUAAGGACAACGACGAAAAGGAAUCGGCUUUCCUGGGCCUGUGCAUGAUGAUCCAUGCGAAUCCGAACGGUGCGACGGCCGGCUUUGCCUACUUUUGCAAUGCCGUCGUGCGCUGGACAGCACCGAGCGAGCGUCUCAACAACGAGUUUCGCAAGAUCCUGUAUGGCUUCCGAGACAUGAGCGGGGACAGAUGGGAUGCACACAAGGCGCAGUUCCCGCCCGUGAUCUGCCAGCGUCUCGAAGAGCGGUACGGGCUCUAA